UAUUUCAAUGGUUUUGCGUGAAUCUGCGGCGUGGGUCUACCAACACAACAACGGAACUAAUAUCAUUACUUCACUUUAAUCUAGGUAACCUAGGUCAAAUUCGUAUUAUACUUACGACUUUUGCUUUCGUGUGAUCUCGUUUUACUACAUACCUACACACUUCCUGUAAAUCUUGCCUUCAUAGGAGAAUCGCAGAAUCGAUUAACCAAAUAUAAUUAAUAAACUUUUGCAAAAACCGAUUUCAAUUUUACAAAUAGGGACAACACUAGUCUUGCAAUCAUUGUCAGACUUUCCGCUGUCAAUAGUGUCAAACGAAACGUCAAAGUGAAAGUGACAAAAUUAUUUUGAUUGAUUUCUGCUUUCUGUUGUGUUUGUGUUAUUUACGCGGAAUUAAACUAAACAAAAAUAAAAAAAUCUGAAUUAAAUACACAAUAAUUAUAACGGAUUGUGUUACAGCUUUUAUUAAUGCCGAAACCACAAUCCCCUUGAUGUCGAAACCACAAAAGAUCUACCUAUUCCUUGAAGUAUGUACUAAUUCAUCAUUUUUAGUUCUUUAUGAUAAAAUAAAGCGAUGGAUACGACAGAAGAGGAGUUUUGUCGUCUUUGCGGUGACUUAAAACAAUUCAGCGAUCUUACUAACUUAACAAUAGACACAGAAAAACGCAAAGGCAUCAACAAAAUGCUGGAAAGAUUUAAUAUAUCCCUUAAUUUCGACAAAAAUCUGCCUAAAUCUGUAUGUUUCACCUGUACAAGGUCUUUGAAACAAGCCUAUGACUUUGUGAAUUCCAUGGACCUUGCACAGAAGGCAUUUGAGGAUUAUAUGUCAUCUUCUGAUGGUGAAAUUGAUGAUAAUAGUGUUUAUCUUGAUGUUCACUCCAGUCAAGACACAACGGAGACAUAUACUCUUGAAGUUAGUAACAUCAGUGAAGAGAUGACGAGAGGAGAUGAGUCUAUGAUCAAUGAAGAAUGCACAAUGGAUGAUGAAUCUAUGCCCUCUAGCUUAGAUUCCAGCUUAGAACCCACAAAGUUACUAAAAAAAGAUGAAAUUGAUAAGAAUGAUACAGAAACAGAUACUGAUAACGAAGUUAAUCAAGAUGAAGACUCUAUAGAAAGUGAUGAAACAUCAAAUAGUUUAUCUGAAAGACUUGAGGAAUCAAAGAUUGCAAAAAUAAAUGAGUUUGAGAAGCCUAUUGUCAAGAAGACAAGAGAAACUCAACAGGUAGAAGACACCCUGGAGACCGAAACAGCAGACUUAAAAAAAGGACGAAGAAAAUCAUUAAAAAUGUUAAUAAAUUCCGAGUCAACCCAUUCUUGGAAGACAUACAAGUGGGUUUGUGCAUAUUGCGACAGUUAUUACAUUAGUCCAAGUGAACUAAGAGUACACAGCAUGCAGUACCAUAACAUCUGCAACCCAUUCCGCUGCUUCGACUGCAGAGCCAGAGGAUCUCACAUAGACAAAUUUGUUGCACAUGUCAUAAAACAUCGCCAAAACUUGUCAUUAGUUUGUCACAUAUGUUCUUCAGACUUCAACACAACAGGAGAAUUGAGACAACAUAAACUAAAAGUACAUAAUCUCCGUAAAUUCACUCACAUUUGUGGGGCCACUUUUCAAACUAAAGAAGAAUUAGAAAAUCAUAUCAACAAUUUCUACAAAAAUGUUACAAUACGCAUGACACCGUAUAAAGACAAUGAAGUCUUAAUGUGUGUUAUUUGUAAAAAGAUUCUGAAAACCAAAGUCCUCUUGAAUAGGCACUUGUUACUCCAUACGGACAGGAAGCGUAAUUACUUAUGUAAGGUUUGCAAAAAGCGCUUCUAUACAAAACGGGAACUAACUCAACAUGUAGUUGUACACUCAAAUAAAAGGCCUUACAAGUGUGAAAUAUGUGAUUUCUCAUUUAAGAUAAAAUCUGAACUUAAAAAACAUGUUUUGAAACAUUUCGAAGUAAAACGGUUUACUUGUGAUAAGUGUGGGAAGAAUUUCCGGCUGAAGAAAGAGCUGGUAGUGCACAGUAGGGUACAUAAAGAUAAUCGUCCAUUUAUCUGUGCAUACUGUAACAAAGCAUUCCGCCACAAACACUUGUUACCACAACAUAUCCGUAUUCACACUGGAGAGAAACCAUACGCUUGUGACUCAUGUCCCCAGAGAUUUAGAAACUGGCCAAAUUACAAUAGGCAUUCGAAAGAAGUGCAUGGAAUUAACCGUGCAAAAAAGAAAACUAACGAAGGUAAAGAUAAGGACAAAGUUACUAAAUGGGGAAAUGAGAUUUUGGAACCGAAGAAGAAAGGCAGGCCAAAGAAAUCAUAUGGAAGCAAAAAAAUUUAAAAAUAAUAUGUGAGUGAUUAUAAAAUUCUUGUCAAUACCUUCUGGUUUGUGAAGUAGUUUUUGAUUAUGUUUUAUGGUAUCAUAAUUAGUAAUGACAAUCAUGGUUUUAAAAUACUUUCAUAAGACUACUGUUAUGAAAAAAUUAAAAUUACUUAGAUAUUUUAUCAUUGCCUACCUAUAAGGUACGGUAAGGUAGGUAGGUAACAGCUUGGCAAAAAAGAAUUUGAGACGGUGACAGUUGGAACUAAUAUUGACUUGGACUGAAUUACCCACUCCGGACACCAUAUCGUAUGAAUAAACAAUCAUCCGAUCAAUUCCGAACACUUUUUAAACUUGAUAAAAUAACAAACAUGAAAACCGGUUUAGUUGUAGUGUAGUUUGCCACAGGUACGAUACUAGCAACCUCAGUUAUUCCAAAUUAAUUUUUGCCAAGCUGAAUUGUAUUUAAUUUUUUAUGUAUUUGAUACAUAUUAAAAAUAUAUAUAUUUAUGAAAAAACACGUUACUUUCGGGAAUGAAAAUCAAAGAUAAUUUUGUGAUUAAACAUAGUGAUCUAAUUAUUUUUAAUUAUUUAAGUGUAUUUUUAUAAGGCAUUUGGGCUUGUGCUGCCCAUAGACAUCCCUGUGACGAUGCAGUCAGUACUAGAACCCCCUAUAAUUAUUUUUCUUUAGGCUUUAAAAUCUUUGUAAAAAUAUAUUUUCUUGCAAACAAUUGCAAUUUACGAGCCCUACAGGUGUCAAAGUAAAAACAUAGGUACCUUAACUAAGGAAGUUUAUUGAUUAUAACGAAUUAUAAUUCUGUAACAUAAAAGUACUUACCAUUGAUUCGACUGACUUUUUAUAAACAUCUUUUACUACACGUUAUACGUUGUACUUAAAUAAUUGUAUUAAGUAAGUUGUGUAACUUAUUUCAAUAAGUGUCUAUGUGUCUAAUAAAACACAUUAAAUUUAUUAUAUACAUAAUGAAUUUUAUUUCUUACCACAACCCCAAAAAAAAGUUAAGCAGUAGGUAUGUACCUUAGGGUGUCCCUUAUUUUUCGAAGUUAAAAUUUUUUGACGCAUACGUCUUAGUUUUGUUCAUUUGUACUUAAAACACAAGAAAAUAAAAUUUUACCAUAUUUGGAGUACGAGAACCCGUGCCGACUUGCAUCGAAACUUAUUCAUACAAGUUGCGCUGGAGUAGCGGUUCGCACUCACGGUAAUAAGUCAUUCUUGGGUAGUUAUUGUCGUAGUAACCACCGAUUGUUUACCCUUACAAGAUAGCAGUAAUAUUAAGAAGUGAUAUCAAAAGUAUUUUCUUUGUUGGGGAUGUAAAUUAUCAAAUAACAGGCGCUAAGUUACCGUCAAACCGUCAAGUUCUCACAGUAUUUUUUUUAUAAUAUUCGCGAAGUUAAAUUAACCGUUAUUAAAAGCGCAAAUCUCGUCAUUCGCGAGUGUAUUAUAUCCUGGGAAAAGGCUAGAAUCCCAACUAGAGCUUUACCUAACUGUGUAAAAAAAAUUGUGGAUCUUCACCGCACUUGAAGAGAGUUGCAAAAAAAUUUGAAAAAGUUGAAUGAUAUUCAUAGGCGCCGUGAAGCGGACUUUCAGAACUCUUUAGAUAAUUGUUCGACAUAGCACACGCUGAUGUUUUGCAGCUGAUGAAGAUAGAGGAAGAUAAAAUAUUUUUACAAAAGCAAAGAGAACCAGGGCUCCCAGGAUGCUUAGCGGGUGUCGAUAAAAAGUUGGCUGAAAAAGAAGAAAGAUCAAGACAAAGAAAUUAAUAGAAGAGAAAAGAAUACAAGAACAAAUUCGUUCAAAUAGUUUAUCGUCAUCUCAUACUACACAAAGUUUUGUUCAUACACAAGAAAAUUGCGAUCAGCCUUCCAGCUCUGAUGAAAGCCUUGAGGAACCCUUGCUAUCAACAUCAACAUUAAACUCGGGAACUACUCCAAGAAGAGGAAGAAAUGACUUUAUCACGCCCGAGUUAGUUGCGGCUUUAGACAGAUGGGAUGGUGAAAGUGUAAGGGAUUCUGUCUAUAUAUUUCGGGCUGUGAUAGAAUCGCUAGGUUUAAACUGUGAUGAUUUUUGUAUAAACAAAUCACCUAUUCGGGCAUUCGCACACAGAGUAGAAAAGAUAGAGCGGAAUCUAUUCAUCAGAUUUUCAGAAUAACAUUCCUUAAAUGGUGACUGUUCACUAAGAUGGAAAGCUAUUACCUGGGCCAGACGUGAGAAGUUCAAAAGAAGAACGCCUGCCAAUUCUUAUUUCAUUUGGAGUAAAAUAACAACAGCCAGAAGGCUGUGCUCAAAUUAGAGAGCUCUUUCGGCCGAGAGCAAGUUCAAGCAGUGUCAAUCGAUCUUUACGACUGGAACGUCAAUGACAAAGUCCAAAUUAUGUGCUGUGACACAACUGCUUCUAAUACCGGCCAAUUCAAUGGAGCGUGUGUUCUUCUGGAACAGAAACUAGACAGAGAAUUACUACUCUUUGCUUGCCGCCAUCACGGUGACGAACUGGUUUUGAAAUCUGUGUUUGAAACGAAAAUCCCUCAAGUAACGAGUCCCGAUAUCCCGAUGUUCAAAAAGUUUAGAGACAACUGGAAAAACAUUGAUCUACUGCUAUUGAAAUUAACACCGACUUCAUAAAACAACAUUUCAGUAAUACAAUAGUACAGGAACUGCUGCAUUUUAUAAUCAAGAACUACAAAAAUCUAUUGUGCGUGCUGAUUAUCGGGAGCUGAUUGAACUAUCUAUUGUCUUUUUAGGAGGAAAUAUUGCGAAGCGAAUUAAAAUCAGAGCCUCUUGGAGCGAUGCAAGGUGGAUGGCAAAAGCUACUUCUAGAGUAAAGUUCUAGCUUUAAAAGCAGUUAAUGAUACCGCUGAAAGAGCUGUUAAACUAAUGCAUGAUUUUCAUGGUUUAAUUACGGCAAAGGAAGAACAAAAGCAAUAUUUGCUACGCUGCGUGCAAGAGCACAGAAAUAUGUAUCCAAAUUGUAAAAAAUAGACAUUCAAGAGAAAAUAUCCGGACUAAUUAUUUACAACUUUGUGACCUUAUGUUUGUAACUUUGUCUUCUUAAAAUUAAUAAACGUCUAAAAUAACUUUGCUUUUGAUUAUAAAUAUAAAAAAAAUAUAUUUUUAUUGAUUUAGGCUACACAGUACCAUAUUAGUUUAAAAACUGAAAUUUCAAAACUUUAACACGCUGUCGGCACGGGUUAAUGUGGUAGUAGGAAGAUAAAAUUUUGUAUUAAGAUUAGUCUAGGUAGACGUAAAAAAGUUAGAGGGUAUGCAUUCCGAUUUUCGAAAAAAAAAUUUUUUCGUUCAUAUAAGGGACACUCUAAUGUACCUGCAUAGGUACGGCCACAAUUAUGCUAUGACGGUGUUAAAAAGAAUUUUGUGGGUAGUUGGAUAGGUGAAUUUACCAGUACCUAACUACAUAAGCCCACUGGAUGCAGGUCGCUUCCAACCGACCUAUCUGGAUGCCAUUGGGGGAGGUCUAUGUUCAGCAGUAGGCGUCCUAUGGCUGAUAUGAUAUACAUCUGCACAAAUAGACAACUUUUGUCGUUCCGGAGUAUUUACGGUCGAAAUAAAUAACCGAAUUCAACCAAAAAACGGAAGCUACAUAACAUAACAUCAUGCCUUUUAUCCGCGUAAACAGGUGCACAUUACGGCAUUUAA